GAGGUUUCUUAAAUUGGCACCAACUGGUAAAGUUAUCCCAAUCAAGAUACAACCAUGAAGCUGAUCGUUGUUGCCAUUAUUGCUUGCAUUCUGAUCAUUGGAUUCACGGAUCUUGCCGAAGGAUGCAAAUGUGGCUGUGUGCCUUGUGGCCCUGGAGGCAAGGCUUGUGCUGGGUGUCCUGAAAGGGUCCCACUCUGCCAGGACCUCAUCCGUACUGUGCAAGGCCUUGAGCAGAAGAUCCGCCAGUGCGUCUGCGGAGAGCCAACUUGGAUGAUUUAGAUU